AUGUUCUCACUCCUGGUACUGGCUGCUACAGAACAGAGGCUCGACUCUGUGAUCUGGGCUUUAUUAUACUUGCGACUUUUAGUAGGAUUUCGGAUCCUGGUGCCUACGUUCUGUGCUCAGGUGUUUGAUAAAUUAAGGAAUGUCAAGAUUCUGAAAGGCACACGAUCUACAUGGCCUUCCUAUCAACCCUUGCAGGGCUGCGUUGUCAGAAAUGGAGACCGCUAUGAUUCAUUCCCUCUGCACCGCCCCGAAUCACAAUUUCCAAAAGAUUUCCAGGGUCCUAGUGGGGGACUCCUCUAUCCUCCAACCAACACCGUUUUUCCUCAUGAGGUCAGACUAACAGAAGCAAUGAGAGGAAGAGGAGCGCUGACCACCCGCCCGGAGCAGCGGCCAGGAGGGAGGUGGGGAAGGGCUGGGCCCCUCUCGGCGUCCCGGGUUCCCGGCCAAAGUCUCCAGGUCUGCGAGAGUCUGCGAAGGCCGAGUUUCCGCGCCAGAGGAGCCGGUCCAAGCAGACAGGCAAGGUUCCAGCCCCGGUUGACGGCCCCAUCUCCUCUCUGUCCCCGGGCCCGCCAGCAGCAGCCGCGGCUCGGUUUCCCCUCCCCGCCGCCCGCGCUCUCUCCUCCUGCGCCCAGGCCGGUCUCGGGCUCCGGAUCCGGGCGGCGACGGUGCAGAUGGUGGCGCGCAGGGGACCGUCCUGGAGCCCGGGAACAACGGAAGCUGGAGGCGGCAGUUCAGAAAAGUUGUGAGGUCUCCAGCGCGGGCGGCCACGGGAGCUGGAGCGGCGACGAAGAGGACCCGAGGGGACGCAGCCCGCCUGGCACCAACGGCCGCGGGCGCCAGGGACCCUACGCUCUGGGAGGACACGGCCCCGGCAGGUGCGGCGCGCUGGGCCCGGUGCUUUGCGCCUUCCCCGGCACAGGACGUACUUUAUUCAGCUGGGUGCUGAAAAACAGUGUUGGAAAUCAGGAAACGGAACAAGGCCUCAUUUCACACUCAGAAUGUGGGUUGCAGUAGUCACUUCCUGUGCUGAUGGGAAAGAAAGGAUCAUACAACCUUUUGACUUUUGGAUUCAAGAGAGAGGUGUUGGCUCGUCCCGCUAACAGGUAUUCCUCAAGACAUAUUUUGGCGGGUUUAUAAAAUUCAAUAUGUAUUUCUAAGUCAGAUAUAUUUUGUUGCGAUCUGGCCCUUGGACAAAGUGAGACCCUGGCAACUGAUGUUUAUGGCUUUCCAUAGACCCUUUCAGAUAACAUUUGCAUAGCAUUUUACUUCAGCUAUUUCACGUAAGUGGAAGAUUUUGCCACAAAACUGAAAUAAAUUUUAAAAAACCCUGCAUUCUUAAAUUUUGUAUGCAUCCAAAGGUAUAAAAAUAUCUACAUAAAA